UGUUGAGAUGGUAUUACAAAUACAUACAUUUUUAUCCUUUGACGCUAACUUCCUGACGGUAGCUACAGACAGUAGUCAGAUAGUACUUACUAAGCUUUUUGUCGAUUUCAUCAAUGUCCAUGGUACCGACAAUUCCUUGCCGGAAAAUAUAACCUUACCAGAGAAUAUUGUGCGCGUGCUCACAGUGCGUGAACGUGCACACUGUUUGUUACAUGUUUCUUCUUACACUGUGCUUUGAUUAGGAAAGAUUUUUAGUGAAAAUGUCGAAGGCAGCGAGUAGAAUGAAACAUAUGAAAAAGUUGUCGGAUAAAAAAGUGAUCCAUACAUCAAAAAUGAGAACAAAUAUACCUGCCGGACUUGCCGUUGCUAGUCCUCCACUUGGACCCAGUCUUGGACAGAGAAAUAUCAACAUCCCGACUUUUAUAAAAGAUUUUAAUGAGAGAACGAAAGAUUACAAAGAAGGUAUUCCAUUGCCAUGUCGAAUUAAGGUAAAUCCUGAUCGUACCUACAAUCUGGUUAUACAUCAUCCACCAGCAACGUACUAUUUAAAGCAAGCGGCUGGUAUCCAAAGAGGUACGAUGCAUGGAAAAGAAGUAGCUGGUAAAAUUACAUUGAAACAUUUAUACGAAAUAGCAAAAAUAAAAUCUGAAGAUCCACCACUAGCAUUAAUGAGUUUACAACAGGUUUGUCUGAUGAUGGUUGGUAUAGCUCGCAGUGUUGGUAUAGAAAUUGUACGCGAUUUGGAUCCGGAUGAGUAUGCUGAGUUUUUAAAGGAGAGAGAAGUGAUAGUAGCUGAACAAAAGAGACAACUCCAAGAGUUAAGAGAAGCCAAAAUGCUUAGAACAGUAUAGAAUUAAAUUGUUAAUUAGAAUCUUUAGUGUAUAAUAUAUUGUAAAUGACUAUUAACGUAAUAAAUAUCUAUCAUUAUACAAAUAUA